UUGUGGAGCAGUUAAUUGAGGCUAUAGCUGCCUCUGGGAGAACUAAGCCCUACCAGUCUGGUCUCUGGAAAAAAGAUCUAAACAGGAGGCAGCAAAGAAAAGAAAACCUCUCUCUUUUAAACACACACACACACGUCUAAAAGGACUUGCUAUACCAAAUACAACCCGAAAUCAAGCAGAGCAGCAGCACCAUGUCAAGAGUACAGAGGCACAUGGAUGAAUGCUCCAGCCACCCCGACGUCUUCCAAAUCUGCACGCAAGAAGUUGAGAGCAGCUGUGGCAGUUCAAAGGUGCAGAAGAUGUGCACUUCUAAGCGAAUACUGCUGCUAGCGCUCACCUUCUUGGCAUACGUCGUUGAUUCUGCCUCUGCAUACAGCCCUGCUGAAACCCUCUGUGGUGGAGAGUUGGUGGACACACUGCAGUUUGUCUGUGGGGACAGAGGAUUUUAUUUCAGUCGGCCAGUGGGCAGAAACAGAGGCCGGCUCAACCGCGGCAUAGUGGAGGAGUGCUGUUUUCGGAGUUGUGAUCUUAAUCUCUUGGAAACUUACUGUGCAAAAUCUGCCAAAUCAGAGAGGGACCUCUCAUCUACUUCUCUUGUAGUCUUACCAGCACUAAACAAGGAUCCCUUUCAGAAGCCUUCUCACACCAAGUAUUCAAAAUAUGACAUAUGGCAGAAGAAAAGCUCACAGCGCCUUCAAAGGGGGCUCCCCAACAUCCUCCGUGCCCGCAGGUAUCGAUGGCAGACUGAAGGACUGCAAGAAUCUGAGGAAUCCAAGGCCCAUCGUCCCUUGGUGGUCCUCCCCACUCAGAAGCCUCUGGUUGUGCAAACCACCUCAGAAACAUCAAGCACCCAGAAGUGAACUGUGACAAUUAGCAAAAUGGAUUCUUUAUUUUUUUCCCAGUCUUAUGGGAGACAUUCCCAGGCUUGGCCCCACCUUUUCUGUCUCCCAAACCAGGGCAGAGGGGGGGGAGGGGAAAUGUCCUUUUACACCAAGGAGCAAGAAGGGGCACUGUAACACCAAACAACUGACUUAGAAAGAACAGGAUUACAACGUUGUCAGCAGCAGCAUUUUCUGUGGCAUUGUCCUUAAUUUUUUUAAAAAAUUGUUUGUUUUCUUCAUUUCCUACUCAGUUUUACAGCCUUUACUUAAAAAGGACCGUUAAGGCACUUGAACUAUUUAAUAUUGGGCUACUGCCUUUCAACCCAUGUUCUAACCACAGAAGAGCAAGAGAAGAUAUUGAAAUUGAAAGAAGCCCAAUAUAUACUUGUCUUGACAAUAAAAGUGAAAAGGGGGGUGGGACAACUGAGGGUUUUAAAUUUUGGCCUCAUUUCCAAACAUUUUUAAAAAUCACAACCACUGCAUGUUUUGAAGGGGGUUUUGCACGUUUUAAAAACCAGAGAGAAAUGAGGCCUGCUACCUUUUUGUUGUUUAAUUACACAAUUCCAAAAGUAUUUGCACCUUUAAAAUCACCGAGGAAGUGAGAGAAAGAAGAAAGUGUGAACACAGGUUCACUUUAAUGGAGGAGACGUCUGCAUUGCACAUUUGCCACGGAUUUAGUUGAAUAUAUAAAAUAUAUAUUAUAUAUAACUUUUUUUGGCAGAAAAGCACUAUUUUUAAUGGGACCAUUUUUUUGUGUAGUAACUGAAGAGGGGUUGUAAUGUUUAAAUGUUGUUAUGGUGCUAAUGUAAGUUGGAAGGGGGAAAACAAACCCAGAAAAUUACAAGAGGGUGGGGUGGGAAGGACAAGAUCUCGAAUACUGAACUUGAAAUUUUUAGCUUUUCGUUUUAGGAAAGUGUGAUAAGUGUUCUUUUUUUCUCUUCUGAAAUAUAGCUUGGUCAUGACCAUAUGAGCUAAUUGCCUUUCACUCAUAUACACAAUACGCACGCACAUGCAGAAACACAUAAAUACAACUAUAUACAUUUUAGAUCAACAUUUUUUCCUUUAAGUCUUUCACACUGUCUUUGAUAUCCAGAAUUGGAAGCAUGCCUACUGCGAAGGCAUAUGCAUGUGACUUUGUGAGUAAUCUCAUUUUAUUCCAUGGAACUAUUCACUGUACAUAGAGCAGCCAUUGGCCUUUGCAGGGUGAGGGUCAGCAUCCUUCUACAAAUAAGUGUCACUUUCAGUCUCCCUCUGCCACUUCUUUCUGAUCUGAUACCAUAUUUGAAAUUCACAUUUCAAAUUAGGCAAGAAUCCAUGUGGUGGUUGCCCAAAGAACCUCCUCAGGAUGAAUAGCUCAAAUUACUAGUCAUCUCAUUAUUCAAUUGCUUCAUUUUACUUGUUUCCUUGUCAAAAAUGAAAGGAACAAUUCUGAGGAUUAUCUCAUAAUAGCAGCAACAACAGGUCAGCUACUUAAUGCAAAUGAAACAUCCUGCUAUCCUCUCCUAGAGGAAGGAAAAGCGAGUAGAGUUAUGUCUUGAACGCAAAAGCUCCCAAGGGAAAAGGAAGAUAGUAAUAUAAGAGAUCUAGAAAAAGGAUGGUCAUCUUUAUUGCCUUCAUAAGAUGUGAGUGAGGCUUCAAAACUCCAUAUCCCAUCCUUUGGGGUAAAAAAACCAGAAAUCUGAUCUGAUGUUUCAGGAAUGGGAAAGGUUAAAAUUCAAUCAUUUUGCUUGAAGCUCAGGAUUGGAGGGUUCAGAAGGUGAUAAAAAUGAUAGCUAAUCACAUCACCUGUCUAUAAGAAGAGGGGAAACCAAUGCCCCCAUCAUAUAUACUCAAUUGCUUAGAGAAAGGGGGACAUCUAAUCAGUUCUGUACUGCUUUGCCUUAUAUAGCCAAACAUUUUAAAGAACAUAAAAGACUACUUGAAUUGUAUUUUUAAAGAAAGGGUAGGUUUUUAAAUAUAUCUUUUUUUAAAAUGCCAGCUUGCAAUGUUGAGCCAUGAAGCCUUUGGGGGUUUAUUUUUUCCAUGGCACUGCAAAACACAAGCCCCAAUCAGUUAGAAAUAAGAAAAAAAAACCUAAUAAUCCAAGUUAAGAAAAAAAUGGCUGGGGAAGGGACAGAAAGGGUUGUUUUAUACUUAUAUUUGCAGAACAAAAGCUUUACUGGAAGCCUUUUACUGAAAAAAGCAACAAUGCUCUCCCCUACCAACACAACUAAAAUAUAUGCUAUGGUAGAACACAUAAAAUGAGAACUUUCUUUGAGACAUAAUACUGAUGAAAGAGCAAAGGGAAUUUAUAUAUUGUCUGGGCUCAGUUUUGUAAUAUUAUUAACAGAGCUGACCUUGAUAUUGCAAAGAAAUAUGUGCUUGCUUUGAGUUUAUGGAAUAUUAAUCAAAGUUGAUGGAGUAUCCAUACAGUUAAAUAUAUCCUAAGUGCUUGUCAACUGGGAGGAAUAUCAAUAGCCAAUAGCUUUUGGGAAGUGGAAUGCUCAACAGAGAACAAGUAUAUGCUUGUAAAUUUGUCUUUGGAAUGUUUGCAUUUUGGAAGUUGGUUCAGCGUCCCUCUAACUGUUACAGAAGGUUCUCUUUUUUGAGCUAGUGUAAUCAUUUACCUUAAUGCCAGAUAGAAACAAUAGUUAAUGUAUGCUAUGGUUACAUUUUACAUGAAAAGUAAAAUAAAUGUAGAUUCGGUACCAAAUUAAUCAGAAUGUUAGGCUCAGAUUCUGAGACAAUAUAUAUCAGGAAGCUUCCAGCGCAGGUACUUGAGGCAUGUACUUGAUUCAAGAGGGAACUCACAUUGAUUUCUUUCCCUGAAUAAAUCCAGGCCUAAAUUGAGUACAGAAAAUAGAGCUGCAUACAGCUUGUACAAGAAGACAAUUAUAACCAGAGAAUUGGGUGGUAUUUUGGCUACUUGGCUUUUCCCGGCUUACAUGCACUAUGUAAGGCUACAGACUUGCACAUGCUUACUUUAAAGUAGUUCUGUGUAGCUUGGGAGUAAUUGGAAUAAACUUGCAUAGGCUCAUUAUGCAAAAUCAAUGCCAACAUGUUCGGAAGAAAUGUGUUUUUAGGACUGGAAUAUUUAAACGGACCAAAAGAACACUGGGCUGGUGGUUGGAACCCUUAGAAUUCCCAAGAUGACAGCAGUUUAAUUUGAUUAGUUCAGCUGAUCUGCAAAAUCUGUACUAAGGCAUGAAACAAAGCAGACUGGCAGGAAGGGUAUUCUCAUCUUCCAAUCCUGUUGCAGUGAGAAAUGGUGUAUAGCACAAUUGAUGGCGUUUCUCUGGCACAUAUAACAUUUUUCAUGAAACUACAAGGGAGAGGAAAGAUGGCUAAUUUAACAGAUUUUUCUGAGCACAAUCUUCUUGAAUUUAAAUGUAAAAUCCAUGUAGCACAACUAUUUUUUUUUAAAGAAGGGGCUUUAAAAACAAACAAAAUUACUGAAAUUACAUACCUGAUCUGUUUUCUUCCACCCCUUGGUGCAUGACCACAGCAUUCAAGGAGUGGAGCAUGGUUCCCCCAAACUGGUUCCACUGUCUUACUGUCUCAUAACAGCUUCAUUCAUUUCAUCCUGCCUGAUUGCAAAGGCUCAGUCUUUUGGUGAUGGACCUAGCUGCCUCUGCACUAAAUGAAGGGAAGAAUUGUAUUUGUUGUUUUUUUUUAAAAAAAAAACUUUUUGUCAUUGUAUGUAUUACUGUCUGCUCAAGUUUUAUAUGGAGGGGAGGGAGUGGGGGAGGGAAAAGUGGGUGUUAAUGUAUCUUGAAAUAUUUCACUUGUGUGCACUCAAUAUGCAAGAGUCAAACUGCCCGGAAUUCUGCACCUAUUGUACUUCUCAUUCGUAAUACAGUAUCAAUAAAGCAAUCAGCUAUAAUGUU